GUAGGAAUUCCUGCCGCCUAUCCUGACGUAAUCAACUUCUGUGACUUAGUUAACGAAUAACUCAACUAGUUACUUCUUUCUUCCUUCUGGGAGGUUUGCUACAGAGCGUCCAUCAGCUGCUGUUUCGUUGGACUACUUGUAGGCUGUCAGCAUUACUGGUGCAGAUGUGUUUUUAAGCAUUUAAAAACCAAUGAUCACGCGCUGUAGACAUGCUAGCUAACAUUUAAUGCUACCAAUAGCCAAACUUCAGGCGCCGCCUAUGAACGACCUCUACAACUGCGCAAUGUAUCUUCACCGAGAGUUGAGUCGGCACAACGUACCCUACUAUUUCCUUGGAGGAUUUGCGUGUAUCAAUGUCGCUAUGACUGCACGUACAACAGCUGACAUCGAUAUUGCCGUCCCCAGCGGCCAGAACGGUUACGGUGUUCUUCUCGACAUCCUGCAGCGCGCACCUUUUGUUCAGGAUACAGAGGGUCUUAUAUCUCAGGAUUCAUACUAUUUCUUUGUUGAAUCGUCAGGCCGCUUUGUCGAAGUUGAUGGCGUUCUGGCGGGGUUCAUGGCCUUCCCAAAAAUUGAACAGGCCGGAACCAUCCAGCUACAGCAUUUGCAACUGAAUUUUCUUAAUCCAGCGGGUCUGCUAAAGUUGAAGCUUAGCAGCUGGGCAAACAAGUCACGCCGUAGUGGUUUGAAAAGGGAUGGUGAUAUCAUUGACAUCAAUUCCAUUCGAAACUUAUUGAUCCAGAACGGGGAGAAGAUGUCUUUGAAGGGCUUGGAGGGCGAUGCCGCCAAUGGUCUGUGGGAUUGGAUACAGGAAUUCGAAGAUCUCAAGACAUGGCAACUUCUGGACUCGUCCUACAAGGGUCGCUAAGACACGGGAAUGAUCGAGUUAAGGCUGGGUUGCUGACAGGAAGAAUUGCAAGAUAAAGCUUGGAAGGUACAGCAAGUAGCAAUAGGUGCCUACUAUAAUCAAGCCUUUCUAUGGGCCCACCAAAAAAAGAAAAGGAAAAAGGAGGGUUUGUAAUAUCAUUUGUGAGGAAGUAUACAU